UACCAAUGCCCACAACGACUACCUCUUCCGUGUUCACAACAUCGCCUCCUGUAUCACCCAUCAGCGUCUCCAGCAGCGCCACAACGUCAUCUACAAAAUCAUCCACCAAACUUCUAGAUGCUGCAGGUACAGCUAUACCAAUGCCAACAACGACUACCUCUUCCGUGUUCACAACAUCGCCUCCUGUAUCACCCAUCAGCGUCUCCAGCAGCGCCACAUCGUCAUCUACAACAUCGUCCACCAAACUUCUAGAUGCUGCAGGUACAGAUCCUGGUACCACCAGAGACAACGUCACCUCUCUUAUAACGCCGAUCCUGGUGUCAUGUGUCGUCAUCGCCGUUGUGCUCUGUGUUACAGUAGUUAUUACCAGUUAUAUCAGGAAACAACAGGGUCCAAACCAUAAAGAAGAGAACAGAAACCAGUCUGAGAGACACUAUGCUGGUCUUGAAUCCGGACAUGGCGAUGCCGAUUACUCAAGUCUAAACAGUGCAUAUGAGGAAUUCCCCAAUACAUUGCCAGACCCUGCGCCCCCUAACACUACUGACAGCACUGGACACUCGCUCUAUGCUAAUGAGGGGAUCGAAUCCCAGAUGAGAGACUUGAAUCCUGACCGUGUGGUGUACGCGAAUGGUGAUGUACAGAUGGAAUAGAGACACGCCACCCUGCUAUACAUUACCAAUUGUACGAUGCCACCAUUGCUUGUUAUAACAUUGAUGAACUUACAGAAUACGAGUUGGUCGAUUAGGUUACUGGGUACAUACAGA